CCCCUAAUGUAGUUGCAACAUCGUGUCAGAAAGCCUGUGUCUUCUCUGCAGCGCACACUGCGCUCAUGCUGCUCCGGAUUUUUAACCUCCGCUUUCUUUUUUGUUUCUUUUUUGUUUACACGGAACUACUGCUUUAGUGUUGGAAUAUAUUAACUGAUCCACCCGAGUCAAAAUGCGCUGUUUUCCAAAACAAGGCUAGUAGAUGCUGACCUGAGCUCUUUUUGGUGUGUGAGGGACACAACCUACAGAUGGAGUCGAGGGUUGCCCACCACAUUCCUGGAGUCUCUUCGUCCAUGAUGGUGCAGCCUUUGCUGGACAGCAGGGUGCCUUAUGGUCGGCUCCAGCACCCCUUGACCAUCUAUCCUAUCGACCAGAUGAAAUCCUUGCGCGUGGAAAACGACUACAUUGACAGUCCUGCAGUGGUGUCACAGCAGCCCCCGAGCCACAAGGUGGCCACCAGGGGGCAGGAGGUCCUGCUCGGAGCUCAACACCACCCUCACCUGUCCCGCUGCGAGGCCCCAGACGCCACCACCCACCCCUGGAUCUCCUUCAGCGGCCGGCCCAGCUCCAUCAGCAGUAGUAGCAGCACCUCUUCCGAUCAGCGGUUGCUCGAGCAUGCGGCACCCACCCCUUUGGUGGACUCUUUUUCCAGUGGUGGAGGCCAUGCCAGGAUCCUGGGUACAGAGCAACCAAAGCUUCCAGGGUCCAAACCCCAGCACUCAAAACCAGGGGUAGCUUUGCCCACUGAGAAAAACCAUAUGCCUUUGUGUGACAAGUGUGGAAAGUGCAGGUGCACGGAGUGUACGUUGCCCCGGACCCUUCCCUCAUGUUGGGUGUGCAACCAGGAGUGUUUGUGCUCAGCUCAGAACCUGGUGGACUCAGCCACCUGCAUGUGCCUAGUCAAAGGCGUGUUCUACCACUGCACAGAGGAUGAGGACGAGGAAGGCUCCUGCGCAGACAAGCCGUGUUCCUGUUCACACUCAAACUGCUGCGCACGCUGGUCCUUCAUGGCAGCCGCUUCACUCGUGCUGCCAUGCCUUAUGUGCUAUUUGCCCGCCGUGGGUUGUGCCAAGCUCUCACAGAAAUGCUACGACAGCCUCAGGCGCCCGGGCUGCCGGUGCAAAAAUGCUCAGGCCUGCAAGGCGGCAGAGGUCAAGAACUGUACUCUGGAGAAGCAGGCCUCAUGAUGUCAUGUCCAAAAGAAGGCUACAAAGAAGGACUUUGAGCAGAAGGUGGCAGAACCUUCUCCAGUUCCUGCGUACUUCCCCAAAUCAUGGUACUUAAAGGGUUCACGCUUGGUCCUUACUGUCGUAGUGUAAUGCCACAAUGCUCAGUCAUGACAUUUGCUAGGAUGGCUGAACGAGUCUUAAGUUUAACUACAAAGAGAUAAGGCCUAUUUUUUCCCGUUGGGGUUUUCUCUGUGGGAUCAAAGUGCUCUGCUAUUUCACCCUCUAGUUAAAACAUUUGCCGUCACAGAAUGCUGCAAAAUUGUCUGUUUAUUCCUUUGGUGAUUUCACCUUUGGGUGGUUUGGAACAGUCAAAGUAAAUAUCACCUAUUCAAGAGCAUUCUAUACUUUGGCAAUCCCUCCCCGGAUCUGGCACUGAGAAAAGGUUGCAGUGCAUUCCAGGCUGAUAACACGUUACAAUCAACAACAACAAAAAAAAACUAGACUUUAUACCUCCAUGCCCACUUAUAAGCUUGUUAUAGAGCUUUUCCUCCCCUUUCUUGAGGUGAGAACCGAAGGUAUCAAUCAUUGUUUUGGUCAAAGGACAUUGAGUUCCUUUGUUACCGAGAAAUGCAAUUUUACUACUUUGGAAAAUAAGCAAGAGUCCAGAAUUCACCUCUGCAGAAUAGCUCGCUGUCCGUCAUCUUAGGGACAGGUUUAUGGGGUUUUAAUAACAAAUGACUUUCACAUGUUUUCAAAUGCAUGUCACCAUACGUGAACUUCCACAAUACUUCUCUUCCAAAUAUUAGCAGUUUGAUUUGUUAUAGAAAAGAUAUCACCUCAGGGAGCACAAUUUUCACAUAUUAUGUAUAGUAUGUAACUACAACAUGGUAGUCAAGUGAAUAGGGAACUGCUACACACAUUUGAUAAAAAAAAAAAAAAACAUCCAUAAGCUACAGGACAGAAUGGGUCAGCAGGAGGGCUAUCCCAAAAUAUUCACCGUUCACUAAGACACCUAAAAAAAAAACCGAAUGACAAGCACAGCAUUAUGUACAAAUGCAUGUACAAUUACUGUAAUUAGUGAAAUUCUACUAGUUUGCCAUGUACCAGACCCCUCCAGGUGUACUCUACUCUUCAUAGGAUUCACUAUUAUGCAGUUUUGUGGUUUGUCUAGAAUUAGGCCUACAGAUCAUUUGCCAAAGGAGCUCUAGUUUGUACAUUUUAGUUUACGUGGGUAAAGCUUUUUCUGAUCUAACAAACCAACUCCACAGUGCGGUACGACGUGUUCCGAACGCUCAGAUUCUUGGACGCGAGGGAAAACGGCGAAAGCCACCUUUUCGUAUACUAAAUUCCCACGCAUCUCAUUUAAUCAAACCUUUCAACAUUCUAUAUUCAGAUGUUUGUACCCAUCUUUGUUGCACAAAUCAGAAAAGCAGAAGUAAAAAACACUACUGUUCUUAGUCUUGAAUGUAUAAAAGGCUAGGGUUUAAGUCUUUGCAAUCUAAUUCGUGGAUAGGUGCCAAAGUAGAGACGAGCGAGGAGGCUUGCGUAGUUGUAUAGGUGAAAAGUUGCAGAUGUAUCAUUAAUAUUCUAGAAUUAGAACUAUGCAGGAUACACGCUCUUGUAAAUAGUGUCGAGAAACUAGCCGUCUUAAAGAUGCAUUUCAAAUGUCCUAAAGAAUUGCAUGGUACAAUUUAAUUACGAUUCAGUACAAAAGUAUAUAUAGAUGAAUAUUAUAUUUUUGGGAGGGCUGGGUGUGGGUGGGGGUCAGAAUUGUGUGGUUGUGCAGUAGAAGGCAAAGGUCUUUCUAUUAAAAGCACUUCAUUUAGAAAAGUGUGCCAGGCAAUAAAAAUACCUCUGUUUAUGCUAACCAUGCCUCAUUAGCACGAAAGGCAUGGCUAAGGUUCCUCUGUGCCCCUGAAACUGUAGAUUUAAUUGAAUCCACUGAAGGAAUGCUGUUUCAGCAUAAGCCGGUUCCAUUUGUACGUGUUUGUUGUGGCCACAGCUUUUUUCCCUUCAUCUUAAAAUGGUGAAACAUCUUCUGUGCUUGAUUGACAUAUACAGCUGCUGCAUGAACUUGUCUGAGAGGAUAUGGAGCUCUCUCUAGUAACAUUCCAUUCCUUCUUAUUCCAAGAUUUCUAGCCUUUACACCCAAUCCCCCCCUUCCCCAAACACACACACACACACACACACACACACGCACUGUUUGCAUUGCUGCAAUGUAAUUUGACCUUUAUAGAAAUGUUCUUCCUUUCCACAACACCGAGUAGAAGUGUUAAGGAUGCUGUGACUAUGUUUUGCUUGAUUUGAUUUGAUUUGAUUUGAUUUGAUUUUAAAGGUACACUUUUCUUGGCCAUUAGCGUUUUUCAAACAAUUGGUUUUGCCCCAAUUAAGCAACCUUCCACCCCUAGGCUUGUACUCUCUGCAUUUCUUUUGCUUUUGCAUUCUUACUGUUGAUAAAAGAGCAAUGUGCUUUCGUUUUGUUUUAAACAUGGCAAAAAAGGAAAAAAAAACUCCCACAUAUUAAAAAAAUGUCCCUUUAUAGAUAUAUUUAUUUUGAAGUUCUAUUUUAUAUAGUAUUUAUUUAGAUGCCUACUUUUGUGUGUGAAUAAAAGCUUAUGUCAAAACAGAAUGUACAAUUGAAAUGGAAAAAUAUAUAUUGUUAAAUAUAAAACGUUGUGGCGUCUUUUCUUCCUGCUCCAUUACACACAGAUGCUAUUGGACUAUAAUUAUCAUUAAACUCUCCAAGAUUUUUCAAACAGUCCCAAGAUAUGUGAUAUAUUACAUUUCAAAUCAGUUACAGCGAGAGACUAAGAGAAAACAUCGGGUCAGUCGACCAGCUGCUCCUCAGCAAAUCGAUAGUGUUUGUGCAGCUUGAUGUUCUGACCACUAAAAUGUCUUGGUCUGUUUAUAAUUAUUACACCACGAUGGUGCUCAUGUCAGUCAGUAAAAUAACCUUUCGAUAGAACUAAAACAAGUGCUUCUUUUGGCUGAUCAAUAAUUUAAGUGCACUCGGUGGAGGAAGAAGCCUACAAUCCAGCCAGUUAGUGCCGACGUCCCUCUGUGUUUACGCGGUCACUCUCCUUCCUCUCUGUGUCUGUGUGGUCAUGAGAUUCCAGCACAAACCUAGAAUUCUGGUGAGCAAUACUGUAAUCUUAAUUAUAUAAAACAUAACUUUGCUACAUCUGGAUUUUAGGUUUCUCCUAAACAUGACUUUUAUUGAAUUCAGGAUGUGGGCAGACCAAAGGAAAGAAGACUUUGUACUGCACUAUAAUGAUAUUUCAGAUUUUUUCAUAAGAGAAUUUUCCCAAUAAAAGACAUCACUCUGUAGGAUCUUUCAGACACAGCUGUUGAUUUUCUAGCAAGAAAAAAAACGGACCGUGUUUUCCGAUCUCGUAUCCAGCGUUCCCGGGAGAAGCUCCGGCUCCACUGUGACCUUGACGGGGAUAAAGUGCUUUCUGAAGAUGAAUGAAUGAAUAAGUGAACAAUGAAUGAAUGUAGAACGAGACAAAAGGACAAAUGGUGCCAAACUCGUACUGGAAGUUUUAACAAAGAAAAACGAAAACACAUUCCUUGUUAUUCAUCUCCAGUGUCAUUCAUUUGCAGUGAAAUAAACAGGAGGUUGUUUGAGGGUGGAGUGAACCGGGCUUCAGCUUCAAACAAAUUAGGACAGGAAACUGAAAUUAGAGUUUGAAUUUCAUCUCCAUUGCUUUUUGAAAUAAUGAUCAAUUUCCUAUCUUACAGACAUCUACGCUGAGAUUUACACAAACCCCCAGAUUUUCAACAAGACAAAAUAAACGCUGCUGUUGAUUAUUUCCUCGUCUCAUAGCACAACGUUCCUGUAGGACGUUUUUGAUCAGAUUUUGGCUUCACUGCUCCGUGCAUGACUGCUUUAUCUACAGCAACAAAUAACAAAAAGUUGGAGACUCUCAUUUUGGUCUUUCCACAUUAUCUCAGAAGGGUACUAAGACUGGACUGAGACCAGAAUUUGGGAAAGAAAAUACUUUCAGUAUUUAUCUUUUAGUAUUUAUGUUCAUCAAAUUCAAAGAGUCAAUAAGAAUUUCCUUCCAUUUUAUAGCAAACCUGGAGGCUUGAGAAUAGCUCCAUUUUGCAGAUCGCAUUCUGCUCAGCUGCUUUAAAAUAAUUUUGAUCUAGUUUGUCUUUACGAUGAUGGACACGGAAGUGUUAAAGGCUUCAGAUUUCAGGAUGUUGGAAAUGGGCUCUUGUAGAUAAUUUGCUUUUGCAUAUUUUCCACUAAUAGAAAGAUUCAGUCUCGUCCUGCACUUCCUCAGUUUUGGGAGAAAAUCAGAUCUGUCUCGCCAGAAGUCCAUUAGGUUGGGUCCAGCGAGACGAUUUUACCUUUUGUUUUCUUGUAUUUUUCUCACUUCAAAACAUGCAGGCCGUCUUUGUCCUUUUCUUCUUACCUGUGCACCUGACUUCCAGAGCUCCACCCCCACAUCGCUUCCGCUCGACAUCCUGACAAUAGAGAGAGUCCUUGCUAUUCAGCAGCACUGCUUGUCAAUGCCUGAGGCUACACACACACGCACAAACACACACCCAGUCUCCUGCCGAACCUGUUGUCCUGAAAUAUUCGCCUGUCUCACCUGCAUUAAAGCACAGCGGCUCAACAUCACACACUUUUCUGUUUGCAUCAGUGACGAACAUUUGACUCACAGGAAAUGAAAAUAUGUCGCGGUGGUUUAGAUUAUUCUGAUUGAUGGCAAAUUACAAACUAAAAAUUCAUUUGAUUGAGCAUUAAAGAGGCAUUAAUUAUAUUCCCUGCUUUAUCCAAGUAGAAACACAAUGAAAUCUCAGUCAUUAACCUCAGUCUGGCUGCAAUCUGCUUCUUUCUCUUUCCUGCAGACUGAAGCACUUUUCUCUUCUACACUGUACGGAAUUUUAUUAGUUUUAGGACGUUUCUAUUACAUUGCUAGGUAUUUUAUUUUAAAUGUCUGCAGACUUACCACUUCCCAAAUAAAAUCUGUACAGAUAAAGAAAACCAAAUAUCUGAUUGCAGAAAUGCUUUCUGACUGCAUUCUCUGGAGUAUUUCUAAUGGGGUCUGAUUCACAACAAUUAGUACCGUAUGUAGAAAAUCUGAAAUUUUACUCCUGCGUCUGGCACCGGACCUGGCCGAGUCGUGUGGGCGGCCAUUUUGUACCAUUCGGGCUGCGUGGAAAGCUGGGCCAGCCAUCGCAUUUCCGAAGUGAACUCAUCCAUGGUGCCUUGGUUCAAGAAAACGUCCUCUCACAGAUGACAUAUUGCAAAACUCCUGAGCACAUCUGGUGCUGUACUCAUCUCCUCCUCCUCCUCCUCCUUCCCUCUUUCUUUUCCUCUUUCUCUCCCCCCUCCUUCUUGUUCCUUCUCUCCAACUGUCUUGAAUAUGAAUGCAAUGCACCAGAGAGACAAACACGAGUGCAGCUAAAUGAUUUGUGAGGCUAAGGGGAUUUGGACAGCUAGCUUGUUCAAGAACUGGACUCUGUGUGUGUGUGUGUGUGUGUGCACACACUGGGGAUGUGGAGACAGCAAGUGCAUGACUUUUGGAAAUGCUAUCUUGACAUUUCUCCUGCUGUAUUGAGAAAGCUUUUCCCUCUGCUCCAAAAAAAGUUUAAGUAUCAAAAACACCAAGUUUGGGAGGAAACACGGACAUCUCCUAGCUAUAAGAAAACAAACUGAGGUUUAAAAUAUAUAAUAACAGGUCUAGAAAGAGGCAUAGAAUAAGAGACAGACACACUGAGGCCCUGAGGACAGAAUUGUCAGUUGGCCAGAGGUUUUAGAGUGAACCAGCUCGACUUCUCUGUUCUCUGAGGUCCAUGGCACGCACCCAAACGGCCAACGGUUUAAACAAAGGGACUACUGUCUUGCAUCAUUUCCCCUCUAUGGCACGGCUCUGGAAAAGCACUCCUUAUCACAGUUUACUGCCGGUCUCUAUCAGAGCUCUACUCUGUGCUAACACCCGGCCCGAAUGAAUUCGCAGUGCUCCGAAUGCAGCGUGUUGUAAAAACGGCACAGUGGGGCUGAUUUACAGGAGCACUUUUACUCACACACAUAAAUAUGUCAUUUUCUAAUGGAAAGAUUCCUCCCUGUCACUAUCACAUGAUGAAAUACCCUGCACUCACCUCGCUCCAGAAUUACAAAACUACAAGAAGUCUUUUGACGACGGUGGAAUUUGUCAAGCGCGAACUUUCGGCAUGCAAAAAACACUGGCUGAAGGUUCACGCUUGCAGGCUCUACACUGCUAUCCCUAUUAGAUAUCUACAAACAACAAUGUCUAAAGGAUAGAUGAUGCAUGCCAAACACACAUACUCAAACAGGAAACACACACACACACACACACAGGGCUUGCUUAUCAUCUCCAGGCUGCGUGAAAAACAGCCCCUCGGCUGAGUCCCCCCGAGGUGCCGGAGGAGCCAGAGCCAGCUGAACUUGGCUUCCAAUAUCACAGGCACGUCACGCCCACUUGGCCUCAGCGGCAGUGCAUUCCUGCAGAGCUCAUUGUCAAAAGCCAAAUGGUUUCUCUGGUGCACAGGCUGACACAACCGCAACGACAUUUCAUAAAUGCGGCGAGCUCACACGGAGGACAGCUGCAGUCCACUCAGCCAGUCUUCACCCCUUGUCCUUCCACGGCCUCUUCCCCCUUAACUGCAUACGCAAACAAGUCCAGAACGUUAGAUUAAAAAAAAAAAAAAAAACAUGCUCACUGUGCAAAAGAUUUCAUUUAUUUCAUAUUUAGAGGAAGUCUGCAAAUUGUUUUUGGUCUUUCUUUGACUUGUGUGUUAAUGUUAUCGUAAUAUCACAAGACACAAUCAUAUCAGGUAAAUAUUUAUACACCUAAAGGGCCGGAGCUGGACGACUGACUGCUCCACAUCCGGUCAGUGGAGGCUUGCUUUCAGUAAAAUACAGCAACCUACGAACAAAAGAAUGUUCACUGGUACAUCACUAUUUUUGUUUUUUGUUGUUUUUUUGUGUGUAGAAUAGGUUCAACGUAUGAUGUGAGACUCAAUCAUGCAUUUAUAAAUUCAUAAUAAAGUCAUUUUGGUCCAUUUA